AUGCCUGACAAUUUAAAUCACUCGAAAAGUUACAGUAAACAAGAGAAACCGUCGGUAAAAGAUACAAAUGAUGAUGCGAUAGAUUUGGAUGACGUGCUGCCAAAAAUUGGUGAAUUUGGAAUUUAUCAAAAAUUUCUGUUGUGGUUUGUGUGUUUACCUGCUUGCCUACCUUGUGGAUUCUGUGCAUUUAAUCAGCUAUUUAUGACUGAUACCCCUGAUCACUGGUGCAAAGUUCCAGAAUUACAAAAUGUGACAGAAAUGAAUCGUAAAAUUCUAUCAAUUCCUCGAAAGGCAGAUAAUUCCACUUUUGAAAAAUGUCUUCGGUAUUCUGUUAAUUGGACAGACUUGUUGCAAAAUGGGAAGUUAUUUGAAGCAAAUGAAAGUUGGCCAGUAGAACCUUGUUUGGAUGGCUAUGAAUACGACAAAAAUGAAGUAAAAUCUUCCAUUGUAAUUGAUUUCGAUUUAGUUUGCGAGUACGACGUAUAUCCUACGCUUGGAUUAGUGGCUUUAAAUGUUGGAGGACCAAUUGGAGUAUAUUCGUUCGGUUUAUUAAAUGAUCGCAUAGGCCGCAAAAAAUCAUUUUUCGCUUGUUUAUCAACACUUUUGCUUGGUAGUAUGAUGACGGCUUAUGCACAUGAGUACUGGUUUUGGGUAUUAGCAAGAGUUAUUGUCGGGCUGACUAUUCCUGCUGUCUAUCAAAUACCUUUCAUAAUUUCCUUAGAAUUAGCGGGACCUAAUUACAGAUCUUUUGUUACGGUCAUGACUUGUAUAUUCUAUACUUUAGGCUUAAUUUUACUUUCGGGUGUAACAUAUGUAUUACGAGAUUGGAGAUCACUAGCACUUGCUACGUCUGUACCGUUCUUCUUCUAUUACCUCUACUGGUUUAUUUUACCGGAAUCUCCAAGAUGGUUAUUAAUGAGAGAAAGGCUAGAAGAAGCCAAUAACAUCUUGAAAACAAUUGCUAGAAUUAAUGGUAAGGAAUUGCCAGAAGAAUAUACGACUAAACUUCAAAAACAAGUUCUUGAACAAAAAGAACAUGGAAUAAAAGAAAAAAAAUCAGCUAGUGUAUUUGCUUUAUGCAGGACUCCCAAUAUGAGGCUAAAAACUAUUUUAAUUACUUUGAAUUGGUGUGCGUCUGAAAUGGUUUACGUUGGACUAAGUUAUUAUGGUCCUGCUAUUGGAGGCAAUCAAUACAUGAGUUUUUUCCUAUCAUCAGCUGUAGAAAUACCAAGCUAUGUUGUGUGCUGGUUUUUAAUGGACCGAGUUGGACGUCGCUGGCCACUUUGUUUAUCUAUGGUCAUCAGUGGAAUUUUUUGUAUUGUUACUGUACUUUUACCAGAAGAUGCUGAAACUGAGACUUUAAUACUGUUUUUAAUAUCGAAAUGCUUUAUAUCAGCCUCAUUUUUGAUUAUUUAUCCAUAUGCGGGCGAACUAUAUCCCACAGAACUAAGAGGCAUUGGUAUCGGUACCUCCGCAUACAUUGGUGGACUGGGAUUAAUCAUCAUUCCAUUUAUAAACUAUUUGGGAACCAGCAACUUAGUUCUACCGUUGGUGCUUAUGGGUGCUGUAUCGGUUGUUGGUGGAAUCACAGCACUACGCCUACCAGAAACACUGCAUUGUCCUUUACCACAAACAGCUGAAGAAGGGGAAGAGUUUGGGAAAGAUUGGACUUAUCGAGACUGUUUAGCUUGUGGUGGUCAAAGUGUAUCAGAAUCAGAUUCGUAUGAAAAUUUAGAUCAACUAGAAUUAACGCAGGCUCCGUCCGUAGAAGACAUACUGCCAGAUUUACAACCUGUGCGUCGAAAUUCAAUGAAAAAGCUGGUUCGACAAGCCAGUACGGUGGAAACGCAGCGUGAUAAAGACGGGACAUUAAAGAUGGCCUAUUGGUUUUGAAUGCAUCAUUAAACCUAAUAACAUA